GUGAGCUUCAAGACAAAAAUAACAAUAUAUUGUAAACUACAAGGACCAAAACUGAAAUUUUGAAAACACAGGGAUAAAAAUCUGUAACUUUUAACAAAUCACAGGGGCUAAAAACGUAAUUUAGUAUAGUUUUGAGCCAUCGAUAUAAUUAUAACAUAUUGCAUGGCAUCGAGAGAUCCUGGUCCGUACGCUUGGCCUCAUUCUUCGUCCUCCUUUCUCUCACCAUUUCACCCUCAUUCCCUAAUGUCGACAAUCCUGUUUACCAAUUCUUGAUUGAUUCCCCCAAUUCUCCAAACGGUUUUUCAUCAUCCAUCACCAUUGCAAUCAAUCAAUGAAGUAAUUCCAUUCACUUCCCCACAAAUUGAUUAUCAGAAACGGAAAUGAGCGGGGGGUUGGAUGAUGCCGAUGCUGAUGCCUUGUCUGCCCUGGCCAACGCUCCUCCUCCUUCCACCACCGGCAACCGGAAAACACAUUCCCAACAGCUGCGCACCAACACCGGUACUAACUUCAAACGCCAUAACAAACACCAGCACCGGAAGCACAGCCUCGACGAGUCCCGUAUCAGCUCCGUUGUCGAUGGGUUUCAGAGUUACUCCGACGAUGAGGAUGAUCAUGAUUUUUACCCCUAUGCCACCUCAUCCUCAAGGUCUUUUGCAGAUGUUUCUUACGACUCCCACCACCAAUUCCUAUUCCAUGGGAAUAACAACAGCAACAGUAACAACUCCUCCUCCUCCUCCUCUUCCUCCGACGAACAACACCCCUUUCCGGAAUUCUCAGGAAGCGGCGGUGGAUCAGGGAUCUUCAAAGCUCCAUCUAGAUCCGCCGUUCACCCCGGUCGUCCCACCGCCCUCGAGCUCAGGCCUCACCCGCUAAGGGAGACUCAAGUUGGUAGGUUUAUCCGGACCAUCGCUUGUACCGAGACCCAAUUGUGGGCUGGUCAGGAGUCCGGCGUUAGGUUCUGGAAUUUCUCCGACGCAUUUGAACCCGGAUUAGGGAUUGGUGGUAGGGCUCGGCGUGGUGAUGAAGAUGCAGCCCCUUUCUAUGAGUCUUCAAAUACACCGCCCACCACUUGUUUGAUGAUAGAUUGUGGGAGUAAAUUGGUUUGGAGUGGUCACAAAGAUGGAAAGGUUCGAUCAUGGAGAAUGGAUCAGCAACCCACAGAUGAUACACCUUUCAAAGAAGGUCUCUCAUGGCAAGCUCACCAUCGUGGCCCUGUUCUUUCCUUGGUGACUUCAUCUUAUGGUGAUAUAUGGACAGGGUCUGAGAAUGGAGUGAUAAAGGUGUGGCCAUGGGAAGCAGUUGAAAAAUCCCUCACCUUAUCACCUGCAGAACGUCACAUGGCUGCUUUGCUGGUGGAACGGGCGAGCGUUGAUCUUAAAAGCCAAGUGACCGUCAAUGGUGUCUGUAAUAUAUCUUCGUCGGACGUCAAGUAUUUGUUGUCGGAUAAUGUAAAAGCUAAAGUAUGGGCUGCUGGGUCUCUCUCUUUCUCAAUGUGGGAUGCUCGCACGAGGGAACUUUUGAAAGUGUACAACGUAGAUGGGCAGAUAGAGAAUCGAGUUGAUAUGUCGUCAUCACAGGAUCAGCCACUAGAAGAGGAGGUUAGCGUAAAGGCUGCUUCCAAGCCCAAAAAGGAAAAACAACAAGGAGGUAGUUUUUUGCAGAGAUCACGUAAUGCUAUAAUAGGAGCUGCAGAUGCAGUCCGCCGAGUUGCGACAAAGGGUACAGGGGCAUUUUCGGCCGAAGAUGCUAAAAAGACGGAAGCCCUUCUGCUUGCUUAUGAUGGAAUGAUUUGGACCGGAUGUUCAAAUGGUGUACUUGUGCAGUGGGAUGCCAAUGGCAACCGGCUGCAUGAUUUCCAUCACCAUCAUUGUGCGGUGCUUUGUUUUUGCACUUAUGGGCCACGGAUAUGGAUUGGCUAUGUGAGUGGUAUGGUCCAGGUGAUCGAUCUUGAGGGAAACUUGAUUGCAGGUUGGAUUGCGCAUAAUGGUCCGGUCAUAAAACUGGUGGUUGGAAAUGGGUCUAUUUUUAGCCUGGCUACCCAUGGUGGCAUCCGUGGAUGGUACAUUUCAUCUCCCGGGCCUCUUGAUAACAUUUUAAGACCAGAAUUAGCAAAAAGGGAACAUAUGUAUACCACAUUAGAAACCGUUAAGAUUAUGGUUGGGACAUGGAAUGUUGGCCAAGGAAAACCCUGCCAAGAAGCACUCAUCUCAUGGUUAGGAUCUCAGGCCUCUAAUGUCGAUAUUGUAGUUGUCGGCCUGCAAGAGGUGGAAAUGGGGGCGGGGUUUCUUGCAAUGUCUGCAGCAAAAGAAACUAUAGGUGUUGAAGGGAGUACUAAUGGGCAAUGGUGGCAAGAUGCCAUAGGGAAGGCUAUGGGUGAAGGAUCUGUUUUCGAACGUGUAGGAUCUCGGCAGCUCGCGGGCCUGCUCAUAGCCAUUUGGGUAAGAAAGAGUCUUAGAACACACGUAGGCGAUCUUGAUGUUGCAGCAGUUGCUUGUGGCUUGGGCCGUACAUUUGGUAAUAAGGGGGGUGUAGGGUUGAGAUUGAGAGUUUAUGAUCGAAUAAUGUGCUUUGUAAACUGUCACCUGGCGGCACAUUUGGAAGCAGUCAAUCGUCGGAAUGCUGAUUUUGACCACAUUUACCGAAAUAUCACAUUUGGGCGAUCGAUCAACAAUGCUUCUGGUAUGGCGCAAUACCUGUUUUUGUGUUGCUCUCUUGCCUUCACAUAUUUAUUUUGGGUGCUUUAUUCUUCCUUUGGCUUGCCAUGGGUACUCCUCAUUCUUUCAGCUGGUGUGUCUUCUACUGCUCAAAUGCUUCGUCCUGCUACUUCUGUGGCUAUCAACCCUGAUGAGGGGAAGCCUGAUCUAGCAGAAGCUGAUUUGGUUAUCUUCUGUGGCGACUUCAAUUACCGUCUAUUUGGAAUAACUUAUGACGAAGCAAGGGACUUUGUUUCUCAAAGGAGUUUCGAUUGGCUGAGAGAGAAGGACCAAUUGCGAGCUGAAAUGAAAGCCGGGAAAGUGUUUCAGGGAAUGAGGGAGGCAAUCAUCAAAUUUCCUCCAACUUAUAAGUUCGAGAGAGGGAAACCAGGUUUAGGAGGAUACGAUUCCGGGGAGAAAAAGCGUAUUCCUGCCUGGUGUGAUAGGAUAUUAUAUCGAGACAAUCGUUCUUCUCCAACAUCAGAAUGCAGCUUAGCAUGCCCUGUUGUUGCUUCAAUUUGGCAGUAUGAAGCUUGUAUGGACGUGACAGAAAGCGAUCACAAACCCGUUCGCUGCAAGUUUAAAGUUCAGAUUUCCCAUGUUGAUAGAUCAGUAAGAAGACAACAGUUUGGGAAAAUAUUCAUGUCCAACGAGAAAAUAAGAUCUAUAUGUGAAGAAUUACGCUGUGUUCCAGAAAUUGCACUUAGUACGAACAAGAUAGUCCUUCAAAAUCAAGACACGCGUUCUUUGACGAUCACCAACAGAAGCAACAAAGAUGAUGCCAUGUUUCAAAUUUUAUGCGAAGGGCAGACUGCCGUCAAGGACAAUGAAGAGGCAGAGUAUCGGCACAGAGGUUCAUUUGGAUUUCCUCGUUGGCUUGAGGUGGCCCCUGCUGUUGGCAUAAUUAAACCUGGGAGUUCAGCAGAAGUUUCUAUACACCAUGACGAAACACAUACCUUUGAAGAUUUCUCAGAGGGGGCCCCACAAAGUUGGCGGUCUGAAGACACCCGCGACAAGGUAGUUAUCUUAUCCGUAGUAAUUAGAAGCAGCCGUUCGACUGAAACAAGAAGUCACCAUUGUCAAGUACGCCAUCCCUUCUCUCCCAAGACCACAACGAACCCUGAACCAUCAAAAGCUCACGGUUCUAAAAAACAUCAAGGAGGUACUCACCACCGGUCUUUUGCUAAGCACUCUGAUAGGGGUGAUGAACAUCAACGAAGUAGACAUGAUUAAUCUUGAAUUAGCUAGUAAAUACAGAAUGAAAACUAGACCGAUGCAAGCCCAUUGUUCCUAGACAAGAAAACACGGCUACUUGAUGUAAAUACUACAUGCUGAUGGAGUGCCAGAUUCCAAGUUCCUUGAUCAUUUUUGGCAACAGAUUGAGAUCUAUUUUGUUGUUAAAUUUUGUGCAAUAGGCAGCUUAAAUUGUUGAACCAACUGAUUACAACUAUUUGUUAAAUGUAUGAAGGAAAUGGGUAGAGGUACCUAGCAUUUGUUGGCGAUAUCCCAAGGAUUUGGAUCUUUUUUUACACUACCU